CCGAGUUUCCGAACGUAACUAAUGUCAGUCAAGUCAAGUAAAAUGUGACGGGUGCCCCAUGUUUUGCCUUUUGUAAUUUACUUGUUGAUUUUAUUAUAAGAAUUUAAUGAGAAUUUAGUGAACAAUUGUUAUAUCACAGCGAGGACAGCUAUGUUAUAGUUUUACAAGUGCACACAGUGUUGGCAAGUCGACGUAACGCUUUCACGGCCGCCGAUUGUUCAGGUAAUUGUUGAUGCCUUUGUAUAUCCUCUGCUGCAGAAUCCACAAACGACCGAAGGUAUUUUACAAAAAUUCAGAGGAAAAAAUUAAAUAAAGGAAGGACAAAAAUUAGGGUAGCGGCGGUGGGUGGCGCCAUGGAGGACGACGUGACGUUCCUGUUCCAGCUGGGCGUCGUGCGCGACGCGGUGGCGGCGCCCGCACACCUGCUCACGCUCGCGCACCUCAAGGACCUCGCCGUCAAGUUCGUGCAUGACAAGAUACCAGAUAACGGCCUAAACCGUCUCUCAGACCGGAUCCUGCUGUUCCGACACGACUACUGCUCGCCCAACGUGCUGCAGCUGAUCAACUCCGCCUCUGACGUCACUGAUGAGACGCUCGUCGAGAUCGUGCUCACCGCCAACCCGUUGCUAUGCGACGGCGGUGCGGAGGCUGCGCCGGCGCCGCGGCCGCACGCGCUGGCCGUGCACUCGUACAAGGCGCCCACCUUCUGCGACUUCUGCGGGGAAAUGCUGUUCGGAUUAGUGAGGCAGGGACUCAAGUGUGAAGGAUGCGGCCUAAACUACCACAAGCGUUGCGCAGUAAAGGUCCCGUCAAACUGCACGUCCCCGGUGACGCCGGGCGCGGCCGGCGCCGGCGGGCGGCGCGUGUCCGGCAACACCAGCGCCGGCGGCACCGGGGGGCGCAGCCCCUCGCGCGGGUCUACCGCCAGCCACACCUCGCACGACGACUCGCUGGUAAGCGGCAAGCAGUCCCGCUCAGCAUCGCGGGCCGGCUCGCUGGGCUGGGCGCUGGCCAUCCCGCACACGUUCGAGGUGCACUCGUACACGCGGCCCACCGUGUGCCGCCACUGCAAGCGCCUGCUGCGCGGCCUGUUCAAGCAGGGCCUGCAGUGCCGCGACUGCCACUACAACGCGCACCGCAAGUGUCUGCCCUUCGUGCCUAAAGAUUGUGGCGCUGAGAUACGGGAUCCGCACAGCGAGUACCAGGACAGCUGCAGCACGGGCAGCGAGCUGUCGGAGACGGCGCGGCUGCCGGACGACGAGUCCGACGACGGCGGCAACGAGGCCGCCGAGAGCGCCGCCGGGGAUGAUGGAGAGGUGGAGCUGCGCCGCCGCGAGGAGCCCCCGCAGCGCGACACGGCGGCCGAGCGCUCCGCCAGCCGCCCCAGCAGCUCAUCAUCGUCCCCCAGCGCGAACAUUCCACUCAUGCGCAUCGUGCAGUCCGUCAAGCACACCAAGAAGAGAGACGGACAGUGGCUCAAGGAGGGCUGGCUCGUGCACUUCACUAAUAAGGAUAAAACUUUACGUCGUCACUACUGGCGGCUGGACAGCAAGUCGAUCACGCUGUUCACGUCGGAGCAGGGCAGCAAGUACUACAAGGAGAUCCCGCUCAACGAGAUCCUGGCCAUCGACACUGCGAGGCAGCCGCAUGCUGGGAUAGACGUGAUGCACUGCUUCGAAGUCCGCACGGCGAAUGUGGACUACCUGGUGGGAGUAGAGGAGGCCUGUGCUGCGCCGCGUGACUCCGGGCUGGGUGCUCAUGCUGCCAGGUCCUGGGAGACCGCCCUCAGGCAUGCGCUCAUGCCGGUCACACAUCAUACUGCGGAGUCGCGGGGCAUGGCGGCGGAGGCGGAGGGCUCGGGCGCGGGCGGCGAGGGCGAGGCGCGGGUCACGGACAUGGCGCAGCUCUACCAGAUCUACCCCGACGAGGUGCUGGGCUCCGGCCAGUUCGGCAUCGUGUACGGCGGGUUGCACAGACGCUCCAAGAGACCCGUCGCUAUCAAGGUGAUAGACAAACUCCGUUUCCCAACCAAACAAGAAGCCCAGCUGAAGAACGAGGUAGCCAUCCUGCAGAACCUGUCGCACCCAGGAGUGGUCAACCUGGAGAGGAUGUUCGAGACGCCCGAGAGGAUCUUCGUGGUCAUGGAGAAGCUGAAGGGAGAUAUGCUGGAGAUGAUUCUGUCACACGAGAAUGGGAGAUUGACGGAAAGGAUUACCAAGUUCUUGGUGGCACAGAUCCUGGUAGCCCUAAAGCACCUGCACGAGAAGAACAUAGUGCACUGCGACCUGAAGCCGGAGAACGUGCUGCUGUCCACCGACGAGGAGUUCCCGCAGGUCAAGCUCUGCGACUUCGGCUUCGCCAGGAUCAUCGGGGAGAAGUCGUUCAGGCGGUCCGUUGUUGGCACACCUGCUUAUCUUGCCCCGGAAGUGCUGCGCAACAAGGGCUACAACCGUUCGCUGGACAUGUGGUCGGUGGGCGUCAUCAUCUACGUGUCGCUGUCCGGCACCUUCCCCUUCAACGAGGACGAGGACAUCAACGAGCAGAUACAGAACGCCGCCUUCAUGUACCCGCCCACGCCAUGGCGGGAGAUCUCUGCUGAGGCGAUCGACCUAAUCAACAACUUGCUACAAGUGAAGCAGCGCAAGCGGCUGUCCGUGGACAAGUCGGUGUCGCACGCGUGGCUGCAGACGCGCACGGCGUGGCGCGACCUGCGCGCGCUGGAGGCGCGGGUCGGCGCGCGCUACCUCACGCACCCCAGCGACGACGCUCGCUGGCAGCCCGCCGAGCGCUGACAUCACACCGCGUAUGGUAGCAGCCCGGCCGGCAGCAGCACCGUCGAAGCAGCUGCCCCGGCGAGCUGCAGCAGCGGUCCCCCCGCCACGCCCACACUACUACACCACGUGCGACGAGUCAUCGCCAACCUCAAACAAGCUGUCUACAUACGCACUACGUUCUACAAGAACAAAAUCAUAUACUGCGCCGCCGCUCGGCUCAGUUCCGACUCGCCUAAGUACGUCAGACGCGGUCUGUCACGGUGUCAGACAUGAAUACCAGUCACUGCCGUGUGGUAUAUAAUUAUAAGCGAAUUAAAUAAUUGCACUGGAGAUAUUUCGACUCGUAAGUACAUUGAGUAAAUACGGGAUGGAUAUUUGAAAUAGGACUAAAGUGAGUAGAAAUGUGUUGACGAUAAACUUAUAAUCAACAUGAUUAUUAAAGUGUUACGUUUCUCACUGUUCGUAUUUCAAAUACUCGUACUGUAUAAACAUAGUUAAGAUGUAUUUUAUAUUUUAAAUCAUUAAAUUAAAUGAAAAGAGAGAAAGCGAGCAAAUAAAACAAAA